CUGACUGCUGCUUUCACGUUUUACAGAAACCACGUUGUUACCACAGACUUUAUUCAAACAUUAAUUAAAAGGGGGUUGAGAUACAGAAAGCCUCCAUUUCACGCAAAUAAACAGAUUUGCUGUCAUUUCGCCUUUAAAUGGGUUUACUGAAUGCAAGUCAGCUUGCACUAAGAGUUGUCAGAUGCUACCUGAGACCAUUUCCAAACUCAAAAUCAUGGCUGUCCACCAAAGCCUCCCUGCUUGGGGACACGAACAUCCUGCUCAUGGGUCCUCCAGGAGCAGGGAAGACCACAGUGGGGAGGAUAGUGGCCCACAAGCUGGGACUGCCUGUCAUUGACGUUGAUGACAACGUUUUGGAGACAACAUGGAAGAUGCCAGUUGCUGCCAAGCUGGCUGCAAUCGGUGGAGAGCGUUUCCUGGAGGAAGAAGGACAAGCCCUGUGUAACUUCUCUGCCUCUGGGUGUGUUGUCUCCCUGACAGGCUCGAACCCUCUUCAUGCUGAGGCGAUGCAGCACCUCAAACAGACUGGGUUGGUCGUCUACCUGGACGUGCACAGUGAGGACAUCAUACAGAGACUCACCAGGAUGAAGGUGAACAGGAUAGUGGGCCAGGAGGCAGGGGUAUCCAUGAAGGACAUUUUGCAAUACAGGAAACAAUUUUAUGAGAAAUGGCUCGAUGUGCGGGUGUUGUGCGGAACAGGUGACACAGUGGAGGAGGUGGCGGAGAAAGUGCUGAAAGCUGUGGAGAGAUAUCAGAACCAUGCUGGAGAAACAUAUGUGUCAACCAGGAGUGACAGCCGAGGAUCAUCCAAUCAGAAAACAUACUUCAGUGAUGUGGUGGUUGAGGGUCUGGCGACAGAUGGAGGCCUCUAUGUACCCAAAAAUGGCUUCCCAAAGAUGGAUGCUCGUGAAUGGCUGCGACUAGCUGACAUGUCAUACCCAGAACGAGCGUUAGUUUUGCUUGAAAAGUGCAUACACCCUUUAGAUGUCUCUGCUGUGGAUCUAAGAGAGAUGGUAUUUAAGGCAUAUGGGUCUAAUUUUUCCAGUGAGGCCGUCGCACCUGUAAAACACCUGAUGCACAAUCAGUAUGUUCUGGAGCUUUUUCAUGGCCCCACCGCCUCAUUUAAGGACCUCGCUUUGCAGCUGAUGCCCCAGCUCUUUGCUUACUGCCUCCCAUCAAUGUGCAACUACCUCAUCUUGGUAGCAACGUCCGGAGACACUGGAAGCGCAGUGCUCAGUGGCUUCAGCAGGCUCAGCAGCACUGACAGACAAAGGACCGGGGUGCUGGUCUUUUUCCCAGAGGAAGGGGUGAGUGACAUUCAGAAGCUCCAGAUGAUGAGCUACAAAGAGGGUAAUGCCCGGGCUGUCAGCGUCCUGUCAGACUUUGACUUCUGUCAGAGAAGCAUCAAGAGGAUGUUUGGAGAGUCCGGGUUGACUGGGUACCUCGCUGUGGAGUACGGCACGGUCCUCAGCACCGCCAACUCCAUCAACUGGGCGCGUUUGUUACCACAGGUGGUUUACCAUUCCUCCGCCUAUCUCAACCUGUGCAGAGAUGGUGUUAUCACGUUCGGGGAGCCCAUUGAUGUUUGCAUCCCUACUGGUAACUUUGGCAACGCCAUGUCAGCUGUGUAUGCCAAGCAAAUGGGCAUCCCGAUAAGAAAAGUCAUCUGCGCAUCCAACCACAACCGCAUCAUCACAGACUUUAUCAGCACAGGCGAGUACGAUCUCCGGGGACGACCGCUGAUUCUCUCUCACUCCCCGGCUAUAGAUAUCCUGAAAUCCUCCAACCUUGAGAGGUUUAUCUACCACGUCUCAGAAGGAGACAGCCGUCUUGUUAAGGACCUGUUCACAUGCUUAGACAAACAGCAGCACUUUCAGGUCCCUGAGCCUCUUCUUAGCAGGAUACAGCAGGAAGUGCAGGCUGGCUGGUGCUCUGAAGACGACUGCUUGGCUUCCAUCCAGAGCGUUCACACGCAGACGGGCUACGUCAUGGACACACACACCGCCGUGGCGAAAGUUGUGGCUGAUAGGCUGCAGGACGGCUCGUGCCCCGUGGUGCUUUGUUCCACUGCUCACUACGGGAAAUUCGCUCCCGCUGUGUUCAAAGCGUUACAAAUCCAAAAUAUUCCAGAGGAUCCUGUGGAGCAGCUGAAGAAGGUGGGAUCAACUGCAUCCAGACCAGAAAUACACAGAGACAUGAUGGCAUGCCUGGAGGAGAGUGGCAGGAGGGGACACACUGUUUGUCAGGCAGAUUAUGGUGUGCUGGUAGAAGAGAUGGAGAACAUGAUACAGGACAGCUUUUUGAAAGUUGUGUAGGGUUAUUUUAGUUUCAUCAUGAAUUUAGGUCAGAAUGAAUAAUUUACAAAUAGUAAUAUUACUCGUUUGAUGUCCUAUACAUAUUGUGUAUCAUUUGUAUUACACUUUUUAAAGAAAAUAUUACAAAAUUACAGGACGAAAAAUGUUAAAUCUUGCUCAAAAAGUGCAAUAAAUUCAAACAGAAAAAGAAUAGAUAAAAUAAAAAUGAAUGAAAAGUUCCCAUUAUAGACAGUCCUGGUCAUAAUUUAAAGGCCAUACUGGUUCUGCCAAGCUGAGCCUUUAGGGUUUAGUACUCUGAUUACACUGUAAUGGAGCCCUAACCGUUUUCUUGAUUGAUUUAAAGCCUGUUCUGUUGCUUACUCAACAUUUCUUUACAUCACUAUCUGGAGUCAUGGCCCACUAGAUGGUGAUGUCUACCUCUUGGCCACUGCUGUGUGGAAACCCGGGUGCCAGCAUCUCUGUAACAGUAUACGUGUAUCGCAGACAGAGGAAUUAAUCUCUGGCUCACUCAGAAGGUCAGAUAAACUAGUAAAUUGUGAUGCUAAAUCAAUAUCUGCUGCUAUGCGUGCUUAUGCAUUGUACUAUAGAGAAAGUAUAUUUGUAUUGUAUUUCUUCAAUAACUGUCCAGCUCCAUUGUGUCCUUGAUCGAGACACUGUGUUUCAUAUAUCAGAUUGUGCCAAUUAUUUCAUCCUCUUACAUCCAUCUCAUUAUUUUUCUCUACUGAUGUGAAAAUAAAUGAGAUGAUUAGAAAGUAA